AUUGUGUUUGUUUUUUUAGCAGAACUAUAUUUACAGCUAUGCUUUAGCCACAUUUACAAAUUCUAGGAUUGUAGCAGAUUCAUUUUAUCAUUAAGUAAGGUUGGGGAGAACUUUUUUUCUCCUACCUGUAUUCCGACAAAACGCUGCUUCCGGUAUUAAGAUUAUCUCGCGUGUGAUUGGCGGAAUGAUGGUUGAGUCUGAGAAACCAUCCAAUCACGUGACAGAAGGCUGGAUUUGACGGAAUAGAGUGAAAAUGAGUGUACGCAAGCAGACCCCAAGUGACUUCCUGAAGCAGAUCAUCGGACGGCCAGUAGUGGUGAAGCUCAACUCUGGAGUGGAUUACAGAGGUGUUCUUGCGUGCCUCGACGGCUACAUGAACAUCGCAGUGGAGCAGACGGAGGAGUACGUCAACGGCCAGCUGAAGAACAAAUACGGAGAUGCAUUUCUCAGAGGAAACAAUGUGUUAUACAUCAGCACCCAGAAGAGGAAGAUGUGAAAGUGUUGCUGUCUGAAAUGUGCCAGUUAUUUUGCUGUUUAUAUUCUGUGGGUUAUUAUUUUUUUUUUCUUUUAAUUUUUAGCACUAAUAAACUCGUUUUUGUUUGACUCGGUGACUUCUUGUUUUGUAAAUGAAGGUUUGUAUUGCUGUCACACACACGUGAUGCAAUAAAAUCCUGUUUUUCCCACUGAA